UCACUUUAUGGCCCUCGGUAGAGUGCCGUGGCAUCACACAGCUCACAGCAACCUCCAACUCCUGGGCCUAAGCGAUUCUCUUGCCUCAGCCUCCCGAGUAGCUGGGACUACAGGUGCCCGCCACAGCACCCGGCUAUUUCUUGGUUGCAGUUUGGCCGGGGCUGGGUUUGAACCCGCCACCCUCGGCAUAUGGGGCCGGCGCCCUAUUCACUGAGCCACAGGCGCCGCCCUGGUCUUGAACUUUUGAUCUCAAGUGAAUUUCCCAUCUUGGCCUCUCAAAAUGCCCGGAUUACAGAUGUGAGCCACUGCACCCAGCCCAAUGCUUUUAUUAUAAUAAAAGUUUUUAUUUUAACAUCUAAGGUAAACCAUUGACAUAAGAGAGUAAAUUGAACAAAUUUGCACCCCUCUGCAAUCUGUUGUGUUUCUUUCAGUGCAGAAAACAGAUUGGAAAGGGCAAGAGUGGAUGUGCCAAGAGCAGCUGGGAAGCUAUUGUGAUAUUCCUAGGUGAGAUGAUGAUAGCUUGACUUGUGGCACAGGAAAUGGCAAGAAACUUUUUUUAUAUUCAAGAGACUUUGGCCUGUAAUCCUAGCACUCUGGGAGGCUGAGGUGAGAAGAUGGCUUGAGUUCAGGAGUUCGAGACCAGCCUGAGCAAGAGCAAGACUCUGUCUACUAAAAAUAGAAAAAUUAGCUGGGCAUAGUAGCAAGUGCCUAUAGUCCCAGCUACUCGGGAGGCUGUGGCAGGAUCACUUGAGCCCGAGAGUUUGAGGUUGCUGUGAGCUAAGCCGACACCAUAGCACUCUAGCCUGGGAUGACAGAGUGAGACUUUGUCUCAAAAAAAAGAGAGACAGAGAGAGACUUUUAAGGCGCUUAUUUGCAAAGGACUUGAUGCACUAGACAGAGAUGUGAAGAAGACGGUGGUGUUAAGAUGUCCCUGAUGUUGCUGAUUUACAGAACAGAUGGUUGGUGACGCCAUCCACUAGCACAAGGAAUGCUGCAAGUCACCCAGGUCAGCUUCGGACACCCUGAAUUGGAGGUAUCUGUGAGGCAGUUCAGUAUAUGUGUUUGAGCUCAAUGGGGAGGAAGGCGUAGAGUUAGGAGUGUAGGAGUGCCGGGAUCUAGGUGAGGUGGCUUAGGGAGGCAGAGGAGUGUGAGAAAAGAGUGCCUGUGAAGGAGCAGAAAAUAUGACCUGAGAAGGAAGAUGAAGCCUGGCUUGAAAAUAGCUUUUGUAUUUGGUGACGUGAAAUCACUGUUAAUUGUAGUAAGGGCUCUUUUAUAGUGGAGGGGUAGAGGCAAAACCCAGUUUUAGAAUGGAUUGGGGAUGAGUGGGAAGUGAAGAAACGGAGACAGCUUAGCUGAGAGCUUCAGUUGUGAAGGGAGAGGCAGGGCUGGGUAGCUGGAGGCGUAUGUGAGAUUUAGGAAGUUUUUUGUUUUUGUUUUUGCUCUAAUGACAUUUACAAAUGCUUCAUUAUAAGCAUCUGUAAAUGUCAGUAGGAAGAAUCUGGAUUUGGUGAUGAUGGGGGUAGGCUGGGGUGGUUGAAUCUACCUGAAGGAAAAGGGAUAAUUAAUAGAAGACAGUGCCUAAUAGGGUGGAGGGAACUAGCUCCCUAGCCUAGGUCACGGGGUCUGGAAGAGCCAGGUGGGGGGUGCUGGAGGCAGGGUGGAAUGACCGAUGUGGGAGGUCAGGGCAGCCCCUCUGAUGGCCCCGUUCUGUGAAACAGAAGGUGAAGCCACUGCUGGCAGCACGUAGCCCUUCCUCCCAAUACCCUUAACUGCCCUGUCUCAGAAUGACUGUGGUGGCUCAGUUUUACCUAAGGCCCCUGCCUCGUCAAAGGACUCAGCUGAAGGCUAAGAGACAAAGGCUGCUGGGGCUGCCCCCAGAGCUCCACUUGGUUUAGAAGUGUUCAAGGACAAGACCAGAAAUUGCUUCUUUGACGGGCAGGAUAUUACCACAAAGGACAUUUGCUCAGGAGGGAAUCUCAACUGUUUAUUGUGGUUUCCUAUUUGGGGGGGGAGGCUACAGAGGGAAAGCACAGAGCCUUGAAGGCCUGAAAUCCUGGCUAGGAGAUGGGUGAGGGGUUUUGCAAUGGAGGGGGGUCAUUCCUUCCUGGACUUGGCCCCCUUUGAGGUGGAAGGGAGAAAGGCUGGGACUAGAAAGGCAAUAAGAGUGACCAGGGCUUCCUGGCUGGGGAAGUAGUCGCCUGCAGAGACAGUCCCUCCCACCCCACAGGAGAGCAGAGGAGUGGGGAGGCAGGGACAAGACAGGAGAGGAGAGGAGUGGGGAGGCAGGGAGGAGCUGGACAGCAGGAGCCCCCAGAUCUAAGCUCUAUUCCAGUGUACAGAGUAGCCAUAUUUUCCUAGGACUGACCAGGUGGUCUCUCCCUUGAACAGGCUACAGGGACAUGUUGUGGAGAAGACCUUCAUUUGGGGGUCCAGUGAGAGCAGGGAAUCCUGUAAAUAGGAGGCCAACCCCCAGUGCUGGAAGCUGAGUCCUGAGAGGUUGGGGAGGAGGUCUGGAGAGGGGGCGGGUGAAGAUACCUUUUUAAUCGUUAACCUGGUUGACUGAAAUCCGAACUGCUGAGCCUCCUGGCUCUAUUGAUUUUCUCCGAAAGCACAGCAUCUGGAGCUGGUGGCUGCCCAGAGACCAGGGAGAGAGCCUAGGGGGGAGAGGGGACAAGGAGGGAAAUGGGAAUCAGGCCAGGAGGAGGAAGGAUCAGGGGAGUCUUUGGGGACAUGACGGAGGCCAAAAAGCCUGAGCAGGCACUAGGGGAGGGCACAGCGUAACCACAGAGGCACCACUGAGAUGGAAGGGGCCAGAGAGGAUCUUGCAGAGAGGACAGAACUAAAGCCCAAAGAAGCACAGUGACCUGCUCAAAGUGACAAGGGCAGAGCCUGCACCAAAUCCAAGGUCAGUUGACUUCACUGCACAGAGGAGAGAAGAUAGAGAAAUAUGAAAGCCCCUGAGGUCAGGAGAAAAGCUGAGGUGAUGGACAUGGAAAGACGGCAAAAGAUUCAGUUUACAGAUGGCCAUUUUUCUAAGAACAAGGGCCUUUCCUCUUUUUUUAUCUGUGAGGAUAUAGUAGACUGUCCUGGUCCUGCCCUGGGGGCAGGGUCCUUUAAGACCUAUGGAACCAGCGGCUAUUGAUUGAGGAAAAAAUAAAAUUGAAAGCGGCAAGAGAUAAAGAGGCAGGACACACAGAAUAGUUUUCAAAGGUGGGACACAGGGAACCACGGCUAGCUUGCAGGACUUCAGCAAGAGGCCCAGAGUGCUCGUCCCACCCAGCUUUUAUUGAAGUGUAUUUUCUCAUUUAGCCAAGAGGGUAAGCUGAGGAAGGGAAUAAAACGUCAGCACUUUCUCUGAGUAUGCAUGUUGUUAUUCUAUCAAUAAUCAUUAACUUUAAGGGUCUGGGCAGCCUUGAGCAAUCCAAACCCUGAGCCUUGUGUAGGGGCAGCCUCCUGUGUGUGGUCACACACACAGAUGCCUUGGGGGAGGUUAAACCCCUUAGUUUCUCUGUGGUGCAGAUGCCGUGGUGUCAGUUCUACUCUGAAGAAUCGGUGGGGAAGAGGAAUUUUCCCCUAAUCUCCACUGAGAGGCAUUUCCCUCCCUGGUUAGGGUACAAGCCCUUCUGCCCAUGUCUCAGUGCUGGAGCUGUUCCCUUGAUCUCUGCCCAAAGCAAAUACCCAUCAUGGGUAUUUGCUUUGUUGACUGAGCAGGAGUCAGCCUGGUUAAUGUUCCUUCCCAGGCCUUGCACACAGCUUCUGCUACAGCCAUUGUUCUUCAGAGUGCUUAGAGACCCAGCAGGGGUGUUUGAAAAGCUGUAUCCCUUACAGGCCAGGCUUCCCGUGAAAGCAGAAACUGCUCAGUUUAUUUUUUCAGCAAACCUUCAGAGGAUGAAGGAGAAAUGUUCCUUUGGCCCCUACAGCAUUCUAGGACCCCAGGUUCUGUCUGUGGUUAUGCUCAACAUCCUGGUGGACACGGGCAGUAGUAACUUUGCAGUGGGGGCUGCCCCCCACCCUUUCCUGCAUCGGUACUACCAGCGGCAGCUGUCCAGCACAUACCGGGACCUCCGGAAGGGCGUGUAUGUGCCCUACACCCAGGGCAAGUGGGAAGGGGAGUUGGGCACUGACCUGGUGAGCAUCCCCCAUGGUCCCAAUGUCACUGUGCGUGCCAACAUCGCUGCCAUCACUGAAUCAGACAAGUUCUUCAUCAAUGGCUCCAACUGGGAGGGCAUCCUGGGGCUGGCCUAUGCUGAGAUUGCCAGGCCCGAUGAUUCCCUGGAGCCCUUCUUUGACUCCCUGGUGAAGCAGACCCACGUUCCCAACCUCUUCUCCCUGCAGCUCUGUGGCACUGGCCUUCCCCUGAACCAGUCUGAAGUGCUGGCCUCAGUCGGAGGGAGCAUGAUCAUUGGGGGCAUCGACCACUCACUGUACACAGGCAGUCUCUGGUACACACCUAUCCGGCGGGAGUGGUAUUAUGAGGUGAUCAUUGUGCGAGUGGAGAUCAAUGGACAAGAUCUGAAAAUGGACUGCAAGGAGUACAACUAUGACAAGAGCAUUGUGGACAGUGGCACCACCAACCUUCGUUUGCCCAAGAAAGUGUUUGAAGCUGCAGUCAAAUCCAUCAAGGCAGCCUCCUCGACGGAGAAGUUCCCAGAUGGUUUUUGGCUAGGAGAGCAGCUAGUGUGCUGGCAGGCAGGCACUACCCCUUGGAACAUUUUCCCAGUCAUCUCUCUCUACCUAAUGGGUGAGGUCACCAACCAGUCCUUCCGCAUCACCAUCCUUCCACAGCAAUACCUGCGGCCAGUGGAAGAUGUGGCCACGUCUCAAGACGACUGUUACAAGUUUGCCAUCUCACAGUCAUCCACGGGCACUGUCAUGGGAGCUGUUAUCAUGGAGGGCUUUUAUGUUGUCUUUGAUCGGGCCCGAAAACGAAUUGGCUUUGCUGUCAGCGCUUGCCAUGUGCAUGAUGAGUUCAGGACAGCAGCAGUGGAAGGCCCUUUUGUCACUCCGGACAUGGAAGACUGUGGCUACAACAUUCCACAGACAGAUGAAUCAACCCUCAUGACCAUAGCCUAUGUCAUGGCUGCCAUCUGCGCCCUCUUCAUGCUGCCGCUCUGCCUCAUGGUGUGUCAGUGGCGCUGCCUCCGCUGCCUGCGCCAUCAACAUGAUGACUUUGCUGAUGACAUCUCCCUGCUGAAGUGAGGAGGCCUAUGGGCAGAAGGCAGAGAUUCCCCUGGACCACCUCUGGGUGGUUCACUUUGGUCAUGUAGGAGACACUGAGUGCACCUGUGGCCAGAGCACCUCAGGACCCUUACCCACCUAUCACGGGCCUCUGUACUGACAGAAAAGGAAAAGUGGCAAGGUGGGCUACAGGGAUUGUACCUGUAGGGCACAGGAGAGGGAAGAAAGAAGCAUUCUGGUGGCGGGAAUACUCUUGGUCACCUCAAACUUAAGUUGGGAAAUUCUGCUGCUCGAAACUUCAGCCCUGAACCUUCGCCUACCAUCCCUUUAAAUUCUCCAACCCAAAGUAUUCCUCUUUUCUUAGUCCCAGAAGUACUGGCAUCACACCCAGGUUACCCCAGUGUGUGUCCCUGUGGUACCCUGGCAGAGAAGGGGCCAAUCUUGUUUCCCUGCUGGCCGAAGUCAGUAGGAGAGGAGGCACAGUAUGCUAUUUGCUUUAGAGACAGGGACUGUAAAAACAUGCCUAACAUUGGUGCAAAAACUCCCUAUUGAAUUAAAAAAUCAGAUUGAAUAUAUGUAUUGGCUCAAGUGGGGGUGGCUGGAAACAGAAGAAUAAGUACAAGGACAGAGAACAGCUGGGAUCAACACUAGGAGAAGCAGAAACACAGCCACGUACCAGUCCCAGUUUUAGACCUCGUCUCCAAGAUAGAAUCCCACCUUCUAAGGUGGGUGUCAUACCGUUUCCCAAUGUUUUUUCUGUGGUUGCAGCCUAACCAAAAGUCAGAUGGGAAGAAGGGCUUAUCUAGCCAAAGAGCUCUUUUUCAGCUCUCUUAAAUGAAAAGUGCCCACUAAGAAGUUUUACUUAACACAUGAAUUUCUACCUUAUUAAUUCCACUCAUCUCUACCUGAACCCUUUAUUCUACAUGAUAGGUAGCAGUGAAAUGCCCACCCCCCUCCCCAAGCUCCAGGUGCCCUAUAGGAGAGCAAAUGGAACAUAGCAGGGCUGGGCUCUGUCUUCCUGGUUACAAGUUCACUCCUUUCCCCAAAUUCCUAUUCCUCUGGAGCUUUGCAACGAGGUGCUAAAAAGGAAUAGACAGGAGAUCUCUUUGACCUAAUCUUUUGAAAGGAGAAUGCUGAGUUCAACAGGUAUAGGGCUGAUGCCCUAUACUGCUGCCUGAAAUCCUUGCUGUCCAUCUGUAAGAAGUGGUAAGAUCUUUACACAACACAGCAGUUUCAUUGCCUUCUUACCCUAUCUUAUUGCCCUUCCAUUUGUUGGACUAAGACUCUUACAGUGGCACUAGUAUUAUAUCAAGAGUAUCAGAAAUUCAGGGCUUUCUGGCUCUCAUGUCAUUGCCUUGGGUAUCAAGGCUGCCCAAAGAAAGGAUGGCAGCCUCAGGGCUUCCUCAUUUCCUUCACCGCAGAAUCCCUUGAUGGAGGCCAUCCAUUUCUCCUACCUUGUUUCUCUACUCUCCACUACUAACAGCAGGAGGGGUAGCCAGGCUGGUUCUUGGGCUAAAAAGUGGGACCCACUUUAUUGCUUCCCUAUCAGUUCUGACACAGUAGACGAUGAUACCACUGUUAGUGGGAAGAGCUGAGUUUUCCUGGUGUACCCGUCACAUUCUGUCCCUCUCUGGUUAACACACUGCUUCCAGGUAUGGGACCUACCAGGUGUAGAAUUACCUAAUGAGGGAGUGGGAAAUACAAGGAGGCCUCAGCCAGCCGCCCACAAGCCAUAAAUCAAUAAAACAAGAUUACUGAGUCAAGUUUUUUAUCUGGGUUCUCUUCAUUCUCAUCAUACUGGUGCUGCUUUGGCUCCCUGGAAAUAUCCCACAACUACAAAGACUGACAGGAAGAUUGGAGACUGCCCACUUGUAGCUAAGAACUUACUGUAUAAAUAAAAUCCCAGAAUUGCUA